AUGAAGUUCACCAUUGUCUUCACCGCCCUCCUCGCACUCGCCACCGGUGUCGCCGCUCAAUGUUCCGGCGGCUGUGAGCCCGGCAAGUGCUGCACUGGCUCUGCUUGCGUCAGCUGCGCCGAGCUCGAUGCUCAGAAGGCCAAUCCGGAGGAUGUGCCGCUGGAGAAUGUUGCCAGACCGACCCUGUCGGUUGUGUCAGCUGCGACGAGCUCUGACGUCCUUGGAGCUGAGCGCUGA